AUGACCCAAACACCGAUACCACCCAGAUAUGUACGAGUCGCAGUAACACAAUUUGAACCUGUUUGGCUCGACUUGCAAAAGACAGUUGAUAAAACAUGUCUUCUUAUCAAAGAAGCGUCUGUAAAUGAAGCACAGCUGGUAUCAUUCCCAGAAUGCUGGAUACCAGGGUAUCCAUCAUGGAUAUGGACUCGAAGUGUUGAUUUUGAUCUCUCUACUACCUAUAUCAAGAACUCAUUACGCAUCGAUUCAACCGAGAUGGGUCGCAUAUGUGCAGCAGCGAAAGAAGGCAAUAUAUCAGUCGUGUUAGGUUUUAGCGAGAAUUGGAAUCACUCUCUUUACAUUUCUCAAGCAAUAAUCGAUCAUGAAGGCAUCAUACAAGUGAAACGUCGAAAGCUUAAGGCUACACAUAUGGAGAGAACUGUAUUUGGCGAGGCAUCGGGAUCAUCGUUGACGAACGUAGUUGAUCUCGCUGGCAUUGGACGAGUGGGAGCUUUAGCUUGCUGGGAACAUGCACUUCCUCUACUCAGAUACCACAGUUAUAGCCAGCGCGAAAGUAUUCACGUCUCCCAGUGGCCACCAAUAUGGGAACAUAGUGGAGGACCUGAUCUUUGGUCCAUGUCCAGAGACGGAAGCCGAACUCUUUCGCAGGCAUAUGCCAUAGAGUCACAAUCAUUCGUCUUGCAUACUACAGCAGUGCUAAGUCAGGACGGAAUCGAUAGAAUGGAUACUAGUAAUGGUCUUGUUAUGAACAUGCCUGGUGGAGGCACUUCUGCCAUUUUCGGCCCAGAUGGACGAAAAUUGUCCCAAGAUUUGCCAGAUACAGUUGAGGGUUUCUUAUAUGCAGAUCUCGAUCUAGAUGAAAUUUUGAAAUCGAGGAGUUUCUUGGAUGUUUGUGGUCAUUAUAGUCGACCUGAUUUGCUGAAUAUAAGGGUUAACGACAUAGAAAGGGUUUUGGCCGACAGUGCGUAA